GAGCAAGCGUGAACAUCCAGCGUAGGUAGACGGAUCACCGGACAACACUGCUGUGGCUGCUGCUACAAGUCAGAGCAGAGGGAACCGGGUGAGAAACAGAGAGGGAGAUUCAGACGUACGAGGAGAGAAAAGGAGUAUAGCGGGUGAGCGUGGUAACUUGUUUGGGCAACAGGAGCCUGUGACAGCCAGGAAGAGAAAAGCAGAACGGGAGGAGAUGCUGUGAGGAAGAGUGCCAAGUGAUGGAGGGGGAAGAAGCCAGCAGGCGAGCACAAUUAGUCAGAAUGGAUGACCAGGACAGAGUAAGCCAAGCGUCCAGCGUUGCCACGGUUUCCUUCUUCCCUAUUGCAAAGGAAUGUGAUGGGAAGGUGCAAACAUUUGGGAAAAGAUGUCAAGCUGCAAAGAGAGACCCCAACUGUCCUGUGGUCAUCAGAGGGUGGCUCAACAAAAAGGACAGCUCGGGUUUGAAGCUAUGGAAGAGAAGGUGGUUCGUCCUCUCCAACUACUGUCUGUUUUACUAUAAAGACAGUAGAGAAGAAUCUGUGCUCGGCAGCAUCCCGCUCCCCAGCUACAAAAUCCUGUUCUGUACACCACGAGAAUGCAAGAACAGAAAGUUCACCUUCAAGGUGGUGCACCAGGGAAUGCGCUCUUAUUUCUUCAGUGCCGACACGCAGGAGGACAUGUUGGGUUGGGUCCGAGCCCUCAGUCAGUCUGCAACAAUGGAGCAGGACAGCUCUCUGAACAGGCGCUGCUCAAGUUAUCAGGACUUCACACAGAUAGGUGGCAGCACUGAAUCCGUGGACUUCCCUAAACCCCCCUCUGAUGGAGAGGGUCCCUCCCAGAGACACAGGCACGUCAGCCGCGCUCUGAGCGAACCCAGUCAUCUGAGCGGUGGGAGGAUGGGGACUUCUCGCUCAGAGCCGAGGGGAAGGCGGAGCGUGCGUCAGAGAAACAGCAGAACACCCAGCCCGCCUGAGUUUGGCAGAAGAAGAGCAUAUGGUCCAAACCAAGAGGAGGAUUCUCUUCCUGGCCACAACACACCACCCACUCAGACAGAAAUUAUGGGAACAGGUUCUCUGACCUCCAAGGGUCAGCUGGGGUCACGACCUCACACACCAGUGGGGAGGGUUGACAUUCGACCUCACGAUGACAUGGUGCCGCAGACUCUGUUCUACGCGCCUGCCUCGCCUAACCUGGAGUUCAAAUCCACACCUACCACUCCAGUCACAGAGCGGUGGCAGAACCUGAGCAAGCCCACACCUACAUAUGGUUCUGUCCAUCACAUCGCGAGCGGGAGAAGACCUUUAGGAAAGAGCUACUCCACGGGGGCACAUGCAGACUUACUGCCCCCUUUGCCCCCCUCAUCAAGGGCAGCACAUGCUCCCCACCCCCCACACCACCACCACCACCACCAUCAUCACCAUCUCCGCAGCAAUUUAUCUGUUUGUGUGCUACCGCCAGCUAUGGCCCCAAAACCUGAUCCGAGAGAAACCCCACCAAUCAGGCCUCUUGAAAGCGAUGCAGAUGCUGUGUUGACGAGGUUGUGUGGGUGUGACAAGCUGCUGCAGUCUCUCUCUAUCGAACUGGCCCAGCUCCAAUUGGAUAAGGAUAGUGUCCAUUGUGCAUUAGAGGUGUCCAGACUGCAGCUGGAGGAGUGGAAGAGUCAGGGUCUCAGGGCCCACGAAGAAGCACUUGCCCAGAAGGCUUUGCUGCAGGAAGAGCUGGUCACAAUCCGAGCCAGGAUGUGCGAUGUUUCAUUGGAAAUGGAGCGAGUGUGGAGCCAAUAUGAGAGAAUGGAGAGUGAACUGUCUGUCAUCCGCUCACACCUUCAGCACAUCUGUAACUUUGGAAUUCCACAGGAGCAGUCUCAGGCCCAGAGGGAGCUGUGGAUGAUGGAGGACAUCUUGGCUGGACUAAAAAUCAACAGAGACAACUUCCGCUUCCUUUUGGGACUACAAAGGCACCACGCGUUUCAGCCAACGUCUCCACAUCCUGGAUCUCCCGGCUCACCCACAGAGACGCUGCACAGCGGACUGCCUAUGGAUAUGGAGCAAGAACCACCACUUCGCCCACCGUUACCCCAGGAGCUACAGGAAAUCCAGCAGAGAAGAGAUCUGGGUCAUGGCUGGAUAGAGUCGCCAUACGAGGGAAUCUACAGCCACGCUGUUGAUCCUAUACAGAGAAGAGGAAACAGCCAGCCUGACCUCCUUAAUGUGAAAGCACAGAAAGACUCAUUCGAAUCUGGUUCCAAGUGGAUCCCACCAGAUGCAGGAAGCCAAUCAACCAAGAAGAUGAAGAUGAGCGAAGAGGAGCAGAUUGAGCGGAUGAAGAAAAAUAAGGAGAGGUUGUCUAAUAGGAAGAAACCCCCCCUACCUUCUCCAAGCUCCCAAAGCGAGAGUUCAGGGACAAGGGACGAGGCACCCUUUCCUCUAAGGGUGACACGAGUUGUUACAGCUGUCCUACCUACCUCUCUAGUGGCCAGACGGGUUUCCGUUGAGGACCCCCCGCCUGAGCUGGACAACCCACUUCCCGAGCAGAUACCACCUGAGAGGCAGGAAAGAUUGACUGAGCAGGGCAAAAAAGUGUUCAACAAGUCACCAAGGCAUUUGGUGCUGGACAGUCCUGAACAAAACCGGUUCUGGGAAAAUAUGCACCAGGAUCAGCCAGCAGUUAAAAAGACAACCAGAAAGCAAAAUCAGGGAGUACUAAGGACCUCCAAGAAAGACAUGCAGUCAGAAGCAAGCAGAGGAGAGGCUACAGUGGUCUCAAGAAAUCGUAGUCGAGACCAGGCAGGUUUAGGAAAUGGAAAUGCAAGCUUGGACCUCAGGGCAGAGAAUCAACAGGCAUCCCUCCUGACCCCUGACAUGGAGCCUGACCUCUGUCUGACCCCUGAACAACGAGAGGCAAAACUGCGACGAGUGGAACGAAUACGGGAAAGGGUCAUUAGGAGUGCAGCCAGAGAGAGUUCUACUACACAGAAUCAAAUGCCAGUCAGGAGGGAGGAAGUUCAUCAGAUGCCACUUGACACAGCUAGAAAACAGAGGAUACAACCAGACCAUGAAUCUAACGAUGGCUAUGGAAGCUGUGGGGAUAACACCAGAAGUCCCAUAGAGCUUCAACCUGCCGGACCAUCUCUUGAUGAAGAUGAAAGAAAAUGGCAUGUUAAAAAAUCUAAAACUCAGAUCAGAUUUGGGAACAAGACACAACAGAAAGACCACAGUGGAAGAGCAGGGGUUGCCAAAAAUAAAAUCAAACGCCCAGAUUCCCCCUAUCAUGUCUCAUCUAUGACUGUCUACCAAAAAGAUGAAGGCAAGGGCUUUUCAAGUUGCAAGGAUGGACAGGAGCAAGAACUCGAAGAAACUGUUGCUGAUGAAAAUGAUUUUCCAUCCUCGGAUCUUAGGGCCAAAUGGUUCCUCUCCACCAAUCAGUGGCAAGGGUUCAUGCCUUUGCAGAUCCCUGGCAUCGACUCAUUGGGCAACGAGGAGAUUUUCGACAUGGAGAACCAACCAGCAAGCAUAGAUGACAAGACUGAUUCCAAUGAAAUGUUAUCCACAGUCAGUGAGAGCUUAGAGAAAAUGAAAGAAAACCACUCACUCUUUUACAAAAUUGCUUGUGACAUUAGUAUUUCGGACUCAGAUAUUACCAAGAAUGAUGGAAAUUCAAUCACCCAAACGUCUUCUAAGCCAGAAGAAGAAGAAAAACUACUUAUUAUGGAAUCUGUGCCAGGUGAAACGGUUGAUAAUGUUGUUGGUUCUACCAACCAAGAAAUCAAGGAUUCCAGCCUCCAUUUGCCAGCAGAUGUGGAUGAAAAUGGAAUGAAGGUUAACAACAAUCUCCAAGAUUUGAAAGAGGAAAGCCAGGACAAAGCAGUGUUAAAUACCUCAGCCAGUCCAACAAACGAAGCCCUUGUUAAUGAAGAGACCCCCCAAAAAGAAGGUGAAGACACCUCAAGGCAAGAAAUCGAGUUGAAAGUUCGAGAAACUAUUGAAGGAGUUCCUGUUCAGGACAUGGAUUCUAAUCAGGUCCUGGUUGAAAGUCUAAGGUCAAGAGAAGAACACAGUGGGUCAAAAGAGUCAGAAGUCAAGAAGAUGGACCAAGAGAGUUCUGAAGAGCCAAAGAAAUGUUUAAAUGAAGAGAAUGAAGAGACAAGCGACAACCACUCCAUCACUCCAUCCAGCUCUGUGUUUGAGGAGGGAAAAGUGAUUCGGAGUGCCUCUUUUGGGAAAGCACGUGUUACAAUAUUAAGGACGAGUUUGUAGAAGUAUGAACAAAGUUGGCUUAAGGAGAUUAAAUGAACGAACUUGGGAAGGACAAGAACACAGUGAAGUAAUAUAUGGAAAAGGAUGAUGAUGAGAAGGACAUUAAGUGAUUGAAGGAAUUCAGACCUAACUUUGAAUUAGUAAUGGAAAGAAUGGGAACAUAAAAUGUCAGGAAAAUGUCAUUUUGUUGGUUUACUUGAACAUUUCCAUUAUUUGUAAUGUGAAGUUUGAAAUGGAUGCAGAUCAAAAAGAAUGUCUUAAACAUAUUUCAUGAAAUCAAAAAUUGUGUAUGCACCAAUACUUUAUUUAGUGUUGCAGUUAAAGUUUAACACUUUCAUUCCUUUUCAAACACAUAAAUUUAGCAACAUAACGCAGAAUUUAUACAUAAUUGCUGCGUGUGGAUGGCAACAUAACCCUGUAAUCGUCACUGUAACAAAAUGUGUUUUGUAUCUCAAAUAUACUGAUUAAUAAAUAUGCUGAGUGUCUGAUAUAA